GUUCCGGGCUAGGCGUGUGGCUGGACGCUGUGGCGUCGCCCUGUUCCACGCGGCAACGGCCAACGGCGUGGGCCUCUGACUUUGCGCUAUGCCAGCAAUUGCUCCGCCCCAAUUUCCCACUCUUCUUCCCCUGCUCAUCCAUCUCCUUCUUGGACUGGUGACGCCCGUGUGCAGGUGCCCGGGGUUUGAGGCACUCGUACGGUCCCCUCACGACGCCCUCCAACAACGCCAGGGAGAAGAUGGAAUCCACGAGCAGGCGUCAAGUCUUUCAAGCCUGCACCUUUCACAGCGUUGCCAUCGUGAAUAUCCACAUCCCACACAAUGAUCGAGUCGAAGGAGCGUGCAAUGACUCGCAACUCAGCCCGGUUCCCUUUUCUGCUCACGGCAACGAUGUCGGAUGGCUCUAAUCUGGAGCGUUUCUAGAGCCUGGACCUGGACCUGUGGUGGCUGCUCGACCUUCUCUUUGCAGAAUUGCUUGUAGCAUUUGUAGUUGGGCAUUGAUCGUAAUACGGAUCCAUCUACUUCGGGCGCCUCGCCGGAUUGAUGGAAAAACCGGAGCCAUGGUGCUUCCGUGGUCCAUUCGCAUUCAGGAAGGGCGGCGAGGCGUGUCUCGACACAUGGAACGGUCGUGGUCAACCAUUGUGCAGACGUGGAUGAGGAAUGGCGGCAAGGCUGAGCGUGGGCGCGUGCGCGGCUUGCACGUGCUUGCGAGACCUGCCGGAUUUAGUCGUGGUCUUGCCGGACUGCACCUGCCGCUUGGCAGGGCUCGGCUGAUCUCCAUCUUAUCGAUCAAUCGCUUCA